AUGGCGUUCACAUUUGCGGCCUUCUGCUAUUUGAUCGCGCUGAUCGCCGUGGCCUUCUGUAUCUUCUUCGCCAUCUACACGGUGAUCUGUAUCGAUGAGCUGAAAACCGACUACAAGAACCCUAUCGAACAAUGCCGGAAUUUGAACCAGCUGGUCUUGCCGGAGUACAUCAUCCACGCCGUGUUCACCUUCUUGUUCCUCUGCUCCUGGCAGCCGUUCUCGCUUCUCAUCAACACCCCGCUCGUUGCCUUUCACGCUAUGAGCUACGUUCGACGACCGGUGAUGACGGGCCCCGGCAUCUACGACCCGACGCGCAUCCUCAACCGUGCCGAGCUCUCCCACCACAUGCGCGUGUCAUGGAUCAAGCUGGCUUUCUACCUCCUCUCCUUCUUCUACUAUCUCUACGCGAUGAUCUACACACUCGUCACCACCUCC